AGCCGCCAUAAAAACUGAUUCGCAUUUGUCUUAACUCUUGUAAACAAUGGUACAAACAUUACAACAGUACAAAUAAUAUAAGCCCGAGACAGUCUGCCACAUAAAUCAACACUACUAAAGGCUUUUGUACGUAAAUACCGCAUACGUUUUGUUUAGCUUCUGUCAGCACCAGCAGUAUGAACGAGAUGGAUAUUGAGGUCAGCGGUUUAAUUACCACUCAAGAGGAGAAACAGACGGGGAAUAAUAUGUUCCAGUUGCCAGCCAACAUUUUGUUAUCCCCACCCGCUGCCCGUGAAUGGUUCGGGAAGCGUAAGGAAACUGUUAGACCAUGGAUGGUUUUCAUCAACACAUCAAACUUCCAGGCCCCACGGAGCUUGCCCAGACUGACAAGGAGAAUUGUGAAGAACAUCGAGUAUUUUCAAAGCAAUUAUCUGUUUGUAUUCGUUGGUGUUGUCUUAUACUGCCUCAUUACAUCACCACUGUUGUUGUUUGCUGUGGCAGCCAGCCUUGGAGCUGGUUAUAUCCUUCAUCUACGACAUGCUGAAGGGAAGAAGCUUACAUUGUUGUCACAUGAGAUACCACUGGCACAACAGUAUGGUGUUGUUGCCAUUUGUUCCCUGCCUGUUUUCUACUUGGCAGGAGCUGGUGCUGCCCUUUUUUGGGUGCUGGGUGCUUCCUUGGUAAUAAUUACUCUACAUGCAGCGUGUUACAAUAUUGAUGCUGUGUUGAGUCAGGACGAGAGCAGAUUUGACCUUGUAAUGGAAGAGGUCUGAUCAAAUAUGUACCACAAUAUGUUCAUACACACUGUUUAUGGACAUUGAACAUAAUGUAAUUUAUGGAUACUAUUUCUGGUUACAGAAAAAUGUAAUAUUUUUUGAGCAUCUGAUUUUAUUUUAUAUAUACAUUUCAGUGUCAAUACAAAGAAUUUUCUACUAAUAUCGUAACAGGAUUUCCAGACUUAUAUUGAUAUAGGAGGAGGAUGUGUAUUCAUAUAGAAUUGGGUCAUAAAAAUACAUGUUGUGCAGAUGCCAAUUCUGACAGCAGUGGAUGAAUAGCUUAUGCAAAGCAAUGCAUGGUGAUCAUCACAUCUUCAUGGACUAUCUAGAGAUAGCUAGAUAGAUAUAUCACUCACAUCUCAAAAAUGGGGUUGGGGAGGGGGAAGAAGAAGUAGUAUAAGGAAUUCUGCAGAACUGCAAAUUUGUGACAAUGAUAAUGUGACAGUGAGUCAGUCUUAAUUUUCCAGUGCUGCACACUGCUCAAAGAAAGAUCUUUGCAUUACCAUAGAAAUCUGAUUUUAUGUUGGAAUAAAACUUUACCAAUAGUAAAAUAUUAUUCUCAAACAAGCCCUGAGAAUAGAAAAAAUACUAUUGGAACUAAUUAGGUAAUUUGAUUCAGUAGAUUAAAAAAAUAUAAAGGUUGUACAUUUAACUUGAUUUCUCCUGCAUACAAACUUUACUCAGAAUAACAAAAUAUAAUAAAAUAACUAUCAUACUGUGAUUGUCAAAGCUUUAAAAAGUUAGAAAAACAUGAGAAGAGCUCCUGAUUUGUGUUUAUUACAAUGAAUGUCAUAAUACCUGUUCUGAAAAAUGAGCUGGAUUUGUAGUGUGACAACACAAGAAAUAUGAUCACAGAAUGAGCAGAACAGAUAAUCUCCCACUGUAUCUGGCUAAUAAAUGCAAAAUAUGAAUUUUAGGGAACGUGGAAUAAUGAACUGUGUGUUCAAACAGUGGAAGGUCCAGGAAGAAAUUUAAAAAAUGGAAAGGAUAGAGUGAUACUCAUUACAUAGAUGUGUUGAGGACAGACACAAAGAAAAAGAAAGCUUGAAAUGUUUAGUUUUUGGACAACGUCCUCUUUCAGAAGUAGAAACACACACAUGCACACAAAAACUCACACACACCCAGAGAUAGUGGCUGUGUGUGUGUGUGUAUUGUUGUAUAAAUGGGUGUGAGUUUUUGGCCAAAAGCUGGAAUAUUUCUAGCUUUCUUUUUCAUUGUGCCUAUCUGUGACUCACUGCUUCCGCUACGUGUGAGUAACAAUAUAUUUUUUCCAUAUUGUUGAACUGUGUAUUCAGAUUUUAUGGAUGGCAGAUAAAAUGUUUGAUUAAAGAAAAGAAAUUACUGAAUACAACUAAAAUGAACAGUAUUAUACUACAAGACAUCGAAGUUCCACAAAUAAGAAAAUUUUCUGUAGAGGCCACUGAUGUGGUCCCAGAAGAUCACCUUGUGUGGUAAACAUAUUGAAAUAUAAGUUAUUCAAAAUGUUGUGCUGCAGUAGAAUACUGAAGAAAUUAUUUUAAUUUGUAAAAAGAAAUAAAAGGGGAGAGGGAAGAAACUGUAUUGAAUAUUCAGGCUACAUAAAGAACAUACGAGGUUGACUAGCUGAGGCAUGCAGUAAUUGUGAAUCUUAUACUAGAGCAUUGAGCAAGGAAGAUAAACAUAGCAAUGUGGAGGAGAUUAAUUCAUGGUAAUGAGAUCAGAGAAGAUAAGUCAUGAUGAAUGCAGUAAAAUAAAACAAUCGACCAGUGAGAGUGGAAGAGUAGAGGUCUGCACAGUAUUGUAUUAACAAUAAUAAACAUAAUCAUGCAGAAGAGACAUAUGUGUAUAUUGUUGUGAAUGAUGUACACAUUUCAGUGUUAGGACUGAACAUUAAAGGCAUUAAGAAAACAAUAGUAUGAGGUUGAUACGGCUGGGCUUGCUGUAGCAACACUAAAACAUACAAUUUUGUAGGAAGUGGUAGUCAAUCUUCUUGUGAAAUAUCAUUAUUUUCACAUCAUUUUCAAUGCCAUUUUAUGGCAGUAAUGGGGAACACAAAAUGGAAAUAUUAAAAUCUGUUUUCUAUUCUUGCACCAUAUCAUACAAAGAUAGCAAGCAAUUCAAAUGUGCACAGUGGCUUGCAUAUCAAACCAACAGAUAAAUACUGUGAAGGUGAAUGAAUAAAAUAUAUAAAAUUUAAAAAGCUAUACAUUACUAUUUUACAUUUUCAUAUGUCAAUACUUUUGGAAAUUCAUUUUCUCUGUGAUGUGAUAUAAAUUGUCAUGUGUCAAGAAAUUUUAUUUCAGAAUUCUAUUUUCCUUUUAACAAGUCCAUGCUAUUAUUAAAAUAAUAUUAUCAAGCUUUUUUAACGUGUGUUUUUGAUAAUCAUGAUUGAUGAAACAUUGGUUUAUGUGAAACUCCUAAAAUUACUCAGCUAAAAACUUCGAUAGCCAGUCAAUACCUGUGAUAUUGUUGAAAUUGGCUUAAAAAAAUCCUGACCCAGUCAUUCCUCCUGCAGUUCUCUGUAUAAAUUUAUAUUAGUUAAUGAAGAUGAGAUUAGACACACAAUGACAUAUCAUGUGGCCAGUCAUUUCCCUCAAAAUCCUAAAGCUAUUUACAAAAUCUCAAUGUGAAAAGACAAAUACAAUGUUUUUUUUCUUUUUUUCUUUCUUUCUUUUUUUUUCUUCACCUGUGCUAAUUUAUUUUAUAAAUCGGAGUGUGUAAAAUGUAAAUAGGUUGCCCAAAUACAAUACAAACCAUGUCUAUUUAUGAAGAUUUUGUAUAUAAAUUUUAUUUGUGUGCUGUGUAUUCUUUCAUAUAAAUAUUUUAAAAUAAAGUACCAUACUAACUUCCUGUG